AUGGAUGACGAUUUUGAUGACUUUGACGGCGAGUUCGACCUCGACGAAAAUGAGUUCUUUGAAGAAACAUCUGGUAACACGACACACGGUCCUGGAAUGGAGUACGGAUUACUCUCUGCAGAUGAUCCAACAGAUCGCACUGGUGGAUUUCUACCGCACACAAAGAGUGGUGAUGGGAUGGUGAAUGACAACAAUGACACUUCUGCUUAUGCUGGCGAAUCACAUAGUGUGGUGCGGCAUGACAUUCAUGAACUCUUUCCCAACGCACCUCCCGGCACAGUCCCGGUGAUUGUCGGUAUUAUUGCACAAGCCAAACUUGGUGAGGGUGUUGACCUUCGUGCCCUGAGCUGCGCAACACGAAAUGUGGAAUUCAUCCCACGCAGUCGUACUCCUGCGGCAACGAUGCGACUACAUGAGCCCAGUGCAGUUGUGUUGGUGCGCACUUCGGGUUUUAUGUCUAUCAUCGGCGCUGCCAGUGUCAGUGAGGCAAGACAAGCCACCGAACUCGCAGCGCGUAUUAUUCGAAAAGCUCUUGGUCUUUCUUAUAGUACGGUGCAGUUCCGCGUACGUUCUGUUAUGGCGCGGUUUAAUGUGGGCCAUCCCAUCCGUCUUGAUGAGCUAGCACAGCAUGAAGGUGUUUUCUGCAGCUACGAGCCGGAUAGAUUUAGUGGCUGUAUAGUACGUCUUGUGGGGAAAGCCCUCGAUAACAGAUGGCACGUGAGCUGUACGGUGUUCGUUACAGGAAAAGUAAGUAUGGUAGGAGCCCGUAGUCAGGAGGAACUAGAGGAGGCGUUUUACACCUUGCUCCCUAUACUUGCACGCUAUGCCAAAAAAUAG